AUGCAGUUGCCGCCAGGAUUUAAAUCUAAGGAUCGAACAAAAGUGUGCAAACUGAAGAAAUCUCUCUAUGGACUGCGUCAAGCUCCCAGAUGUUGGUUCUCAAAGUUAACAACGGCCUUGAUACAGUUUGGGUUUGCUCAAACAUAUCCUGACUACUCUUUGUUCACCUAUUGCAAACACAAUGUUCGUUUGCACGUGCUAAUAUAUGUUGAUGACUUGAUUAUUGGGGGAAAUGAUACUACUGCCAUUGUGAAAUUCAAAGAGUAUCUCCAUCAGUGCUUCCGUAUGAAAGAUCUGGGCCCACUCAAAUAUUUCCUAUGGAUUGAAGUAGCUCGUGGCCUUGAGGGAAUAUUUUUGUCGCAACGGAAGUAUUCCCUAGACAUCAUCUCCGAAUGUGGAUUCAUGGGAGCCAAACCAACAUCCGUGCCCAUUGAACAGAAUCAUCAUCUUGCGUUGGCAAAGAGCGCUCUGAUGGAGAAUCCAAAUCGGUAUCGACUGUUAGUGGGACGGUUGAUCUACUUGACUAUUAUACGGCCUGAGUUGUGUUAUUGUGUUCAUAUCCUAGCUCAGUUCAUGCAAAGUCCACGACAAGAACAUUGGGAUGCAGCUCUGCGCGUAGUACAUUAUAUGAAAGGAUAUCUAGGACAAGGUCUAUUGUACCGAUCUGAUAGCGAUCUGCGUCUAUAUGCCUAUUGCGACUCUGAUUGGGCAAGCUGCCCAUUGACACGAUGA